AGUCGCAAUUGUCAAAGAUGCAAUUAAUCACAGACAGGGGGAGGUGUCGGCAUGUAAGCGAUAGAGGUUUAAGUUAAUUUAGUAGGUAAUUGUUCGCGUCAUGAGCGAAAUGAAAGCUAGAGUGAAACUAGUAUAACUUUCCUGUUACAUAAAUACAGCGUUUGAGUUAACGGAUGGUGCAUUUAUACAAUAAGGCACUUUACGUAGAGCGUAUGACAGUUGAAACUAAUCCCAGGAGCCCGCUACUUGAGUUUGAUAUUGUAUUUUCAUAUGACAGUGUUCUGUACACUUUUGUAAACAAUGGAAGGUGUAGCAGGAGAUUUGCAGACUAAAUAUACCAAAGUGGCUGCCGAAUAUUCUAAGCUUCGUGCGCAAGCUGCCGUUCUGAAGAAAGCAGUUUUGGAAGAACAGACACGAAAUGCGGAACUGCGCGAUGUUAUAAAGGAAAAGGAACAGAGUCUCCGUAAAGUUGACCAAGAAAUGGACAGUUUAACUUUUCGCAACCAGCAGCUAACGAAGAGGGUCACUGUUCUUCAGGAUGAAUUAGAUUCACUGCAGUCUCGUGUGAAGAAAGGCAAAUUGAAAAGUUCAGAAUCAGAGAAACUGUUGGACCAUGAUAAUCACAUUAUUGAUGAAGAAUUUCAGCUAAAAAUAGAAGAAAAUGCUAGACUUGUAUCAAUGCUGCAUGAUAAGGAUGAAGCUCACCAGCGAGAUGUAUCUGAGCUGAGGUCUAAAUUGGAUGCUUUAGAAGCUGAAUUGAAACAACACCAUGAAGUGAAUACAGAUGCGGAACACAAAUAUAAGGCUGUUAUUGAAUCGCUGGAAGGUGAAAAGGCAGCAUUGAAUCGUGGGGUGGAGGCUCAGGGAAAAGCGCUUGAACAAACCACUGCAGAGCUGUGUGAACUGAGGCAACAUAGCCAAUCUCUAGAGAGGAGGCUGCAACAUUCACAGGACAUCAUCAGCAACCGCCUGCCAUUUAUAGACUCAACCAAUAGUGAAUUGAAUGAGCUAAAUGUGCCAACCCAUGACCGUAAGCGGCAUAUCUACAUUCAGCAUGUGAUAUCACAAGCUGGGCUUCAUGUUCGUGAAUUGUGUUCAGCACUGUCAGACUUUCACACAUACACCGAGCAGCGGCUUCAAGCAUCACAUGAGAAAUUAAGUCCAGUUAAUUCAAAGUUGUCUUCCCAUUUGCGAAACAAUGCACACUACUUGCGUGCUAUUGAACAAGGUUAUAGAGAAUUUCAAGCUAGUUUGGAAAUGGAACCACUAGUCUCACUUGAAACACUACCGUGUCUAGGAAAGCUAAGCACCCAUUUGUCAGCAUAUACCAGCUAUUUGCAGAAACUGCAGCCAUAUUUGAAAUUAAGCUUGGAAGAGGAUACCUUAAACCCGAGCUGUUCGGAGGCAGUCCAGGUUUGUAGCCGGGAAGUGUUUCGAUACACUACAGCAUUCGUCAUUAACUUCAUUAAGCUGGCCACAUACCUGCAGCUACUGUCAUCCCAGAAUAAGAGAAGUUGUCAACAUCCUCCCUCAUCACAGAGAAGGUUUCUCUUAGAAGUUACAGAAAUACUGAAGAAUGUUCAUGAAUCUAUUAAAGAACUGUCGCGUGCUUAUGCAAGCAAGACUCAGGUGGAAAGAGAACUAUGCCCCUCCAUCACGGAUAGGUUGAAGACUACUGAUGAAUGCCUUGCUGCUUCCUUGACAGCUAUGGUUGCUGCAAGUGGAAAGCUUUCAGGUGUACUGUCUGACAGUCGCACUGAGCUGUGGAAGGGCAUGGCACUCUCUCCUGCAUCAGCUUUCUCACUUCACGCUAAGAUGCAUCCUGCCGUGUCAGCCUUCAAAAGACGUGCAGCUUCGUACAUUAAUUAUCUAGAUCAGGAUGACAUUCCCACAGUCCCUUAUGAAGAAGCACUUUUAGAAAGAGAGCAAUCCCGUUCAAGCAUAGAAAGUGGAGAGUCCUUAAAAGAGCAACUGGCUUCAGUCACUCAGCGAGCUACACAAUUGGAACAGGACAGAGAGCACUGGAAACUGGAAUUUCAACUUCUUCAGCUGAAACAUUCUAAGAAAGUACGUGAUCUUGAGGGACAGUUGCAGUCAAUAAGUGGGAGUACAACUCCACGAAGUGAAGAAACAUUGGGAUUAUCCUCUGACACGGCUGCAUCUCAUGGCCCUACUCCAGUAACUAUUAACAAUCUGCUGGGACGUCUAGAGGCACCAUUUUCACUGACAGCUGAAGCAGAAGCACGUGAAGCAGAAGUGAAGCAAUAUUUCACCCAACGUAUCAAUGAACUUGUUGCAGAAACCCAGGAAGCACGUUCUAUGGGGGCUACGUUUGCUUCUGAGUGUCGUGCUCUCCAACGACGUUUGGAGCACUGUGUCACAGGACGCAAGGAGGCAGAGGCUGCCCUUCAGGAAAGUCAGGAAUCACUUGCAAGAUUACAAGAGGAGUUGCAUACAACUACAAGAAAUUAUGAAAUGCAGCUAAGCAUAAUGUCUGAGCAUCUUGCCAACAUGAAUGAGUGCCUUGCUGUACAACGAGAUGAAAUUGAUCAACUCAAAUUCCAACUAGGACAGCAAAGUGCAAAGCUGGGUCGGAAAGGAAAGCAGAAGUAAGUACGGAUGAAGUCUUCCGACAACAUGGGUCAAGAAACACACUUACUGUACCUGGCAAGUGAGAUAGUGAAGUUGACUAAGGUAUAUUUUUUGUGCUGUGCACCAGAUUCGUUCUAGGAUCAGAACAAUUCACAAGUUUGUUCCUGUUAUUCCAGGGUUGUAAAGUACUGUUAUUUUACACUGUUUCAAAGUGUGAAAAUAUACAAACCAAUAGUAUGGAGGUUUAAUCUUCACACAUAUGUAAUGUUGCCAAGUUCUGGUCUUGUGAUUACUGAAAACAUAAAUUUUCAAAUUUUUAUUUAGUUAUGGUAGAAUGAAUAUUUGAUGGGAAAGCUGUUGAGGGAUAAUGUGACCAUGAAUCUUUUUGUUGUUAAAUAAUCUGAACAGCAUGAAUUGCUAUGUUUUCCUCUUUAUUACCAAAGCAAGUGAGCUGUACAAAGUAUAUUUAUUUACAAUUUUCUACUGUUUAUGUACAUUUACUGUAAAACAUUGUGCUGGAAAUGUAUUUAUAAUAAAGCAUUUAAAUUUAA